AUGGGAAAGCGGAGAUUAGAGCAUGUACAUUGGUCACAACCCCUAAUAGGGUUCUUUCCAAAGGCGGCCGCUUCUCUCUCCGUGAGGGUUAUUUCGAUGGAGAAACAGCGAAAAGUGACACUAGAUCUCGCCCGCCAAUUAGUGAAUGACAAAAUCAGGUUACUUUCGGAUUAUGUAUGCUUCUCUCCCACCACCACAGAGAUCCUUGAGGAGAUUAAGACCACCGUAGAUGCGUUGACUUCACAAGGCCUUAGUAGAGUCGAAGGUAGGUAUCGAUGGGAAUUUGCUCACGAGUAUUUUGUGAAAGGCCGCCCUGAUCUCCUGGUGAAGAUUAGCAAUGCCGGCGGCAUUCGCAUGUGGCUGCAUACAUCGCCGAGUACAUUACGCCGUUUUCUGAAAAGCCAGCAGGAUCUUUAG